AUGGAUAUCUUACAGCUCGCACCAACGCACCUUCUGGCAAUACUGCUAAGCAGUACCAGCGCAUUGUUUCUCAUCACAUAUCUCCUCCGUGCAGGACAUAGACCCUCAGACCUCCCGAACGGUCCUCCAACCGUUCCACUGUUUGGAAACGAACUGCAGGUUCCAAAGUCUGAUGCACAUUUUCAGUUUUCCAGGUGGGCAAAGGAGUAUGGCGGUUUCUUCACGCUGAAACGAUAUAACAACACCACCAUUGUCAUCAGCGACCAGAAACUGAUCAAGACACUGCUGGACAAGAAGAGCAAUAUAUACUCCCACCGACCAGCAUCGCUGGUAUCCCACCUUAUCACGCAGAGCGACCACCUCUUGGUCAUGCAGUAUGGAGAGCGAUGGCGCAUGUUACGUAAAACCAUUCAUCAAUAUUUCAUGGAACCCCGCUGCGAGCGUGACCACUGGAAGGUCCAGGAGGCAGAAGCCAAGCAGAUGCUGCAUGACUAUCUCACCAUGCCCGAGGAUCACAUGCUGCAUCCUAAGCGGUACAGUAACAGUAUCACCAACUCGCUUGUCUUUGGCAUUCGAACCAAAACUGUCCACGAUGAGUACAUGAAGAAACUAUUCUACCUGAUGGACAAAUGGUCCUUGGUGCAGGAGCUUGGCGCUACCCCGCCUGUCGACUCAUUUGCUCUGCUGCGCUAUGUGCCACAGUGGAUGUUGGGUAAUUGGCGGAAUCGGGCAGUUGAAGUGGGUGAUUUAAUGCAAUCGCUGUAUCAGACCGUGCUAGAUCAGGUUAAGGAGCGCCGCCAGCGGGGUAUUCAGCGCGAUUCUUUUAUGGAUCGGGUUCUAGACACACUAAAACAGACCCCACUCUCCGAGAAUGAGCUACGAUUCCUAGGGGGAGUCCUGAUGGAAGGAGGCUCCGACACUUCGUCCUCGCUUAUAUUGACGAUCAUCCAGGCCAUGACUAAAUAUCCGGAAGUUCAGGCCAAAGCACAUGCACAAAUCGACUCCAUUAUCGGCCAUAACCGCUCCCCGGCUUGGUCUGACUGGUCCAAGCUGCCCUAUAUCAAUAUGAUUAUCAAAGAAUCUCACCGGUGGCGUCCCGUCAGCCCAUUGGGUGUUCCACAUGCCGUCGCUGAAGAUGACCACAUCGACGGCAAACUCAUUCCGCAAGGAUCGAGUAUCGUUCUCAAUGUCUGGGGCAUGCAUCAUGACAGUGAUCGAUGGCAAGAACCAGAACAUUUCCAGCCUGAACGCUUCGCUGAUUUCCCAGCGCUCGCCUCGGGUUACGCUGGAUCCGAGCGCCGAGACCACCUUGGUUACGGAGCGGGCCGGCGCAUCUGUCCGGGCAUCCACUUAGCGGAACGCAACUUGAUCAUCGGCAUUGCCAAGUUGCUCUGGGCCUUUGAAUUCCUCGAACCCCUCGGUAGCGAUAGUGAUAUUUCAGCUCACUCCGGCGCUAGUAAAGGGUUUCUCCAUUGCCCCAAGGACUAUGGCUGUGUCAUUCGUCUUCGGUCUCCGGAGAAGCGAGAGACCAUUAUGCGGGAGUUUGCCGAGGCGCAAGAGGUGUUCGCUCGAUUUGAUUAG